AUGGGAGAUGAUUACGGGGGUUCUAUCAGAGUUCAUAGUGGUAACAAUGAUGCUAACAAUGCUGGUGAUGAUACUAAUAUGGAUGUUAUUUCUGAUACUAACAAUGCUGGGGAUAAUACUGAGGGUGUGGAAUUUGAAGAUGAAAAUGAGCUUCAUCCUCUUUCUACUGAAAUCACAGGGGAUGACAUGAUCUCCAUGCUUGAACCAGAAGACCUGAAGUAUUUAAUGGAACAAAAUCAAGAUAAUGAUGAGGAAGAGGGACAGCAAAACAAAACAGAAGCAGAGGAGGGGGAGGAGGAGAAACCUUUUGAAUUGGAGGAGAGAAGUUUCCAUCCUUUUGGAAAUGACAUCAAGUCUCUACUCCCUUUCAAAACUAAAUCAGGCAUUGUUGAAAGAUACACCAAGCGAGAAGCUUUGCCUUCCCCUCCAUUGAUGUUUGUGAAGGAUAGAUCAGCGCCUUUGGGUUUACUGAAACCAGUUCUUUCUCAGUCCUCGAAGAAAGCACUGAAGGAAGUAGAAGUGUGGCUGGCUAAGAAGAGGGUUUCAGGCAAGGCUUCGUUCGCCUACCCUCCACCGAAGCUGCAGAAUAAAACCUAUAGGUUUUAUAUGACAGGAGAAGUUCCUUCCUUGGGAGUAUCUGCCUCCUCCCAAGGAGACUUCUCCGGCCUUGUGGACUCACACAGAAGAGCAGCAUUCUCGGCUGCGAAAGUGUUGUUCUCUUCACCUGAGUUGGAUCACCUGGUGAAGAACUUGUAUAAAGUGAUCAGAGUCUUCAGUUUUCUGGAUUGGACAAUUGCAGUGUUAGCCAGAAAAAUUGAAGAUUGCCAGUCUCUGGAUGAAGAUUUUUCUGCGGACUGGCUCAAUGUUUUGUCCUGUGCGGACAGGACAGUAAGAGAUGGUUCAGGGAAAUUGGCCGCUCUAAUCAUUAUGGGAGUACUCAAGAAGAGAGAACAGCGGUGCUCCUUCACAUCUCGAGGAGUAACCACAAACCAAAAAUCGGCUUUUUUCUUAUACCCCUUGAGUAAGUCUCACCUGUUCCCAGAAGAAACUAUCCGACAUGUACUGUCGGACCUCGGGAAAAAGUCCACCAAUGAUCUUUCUCAGUCGGCGAGAAGGCCUAAGGAACCUCCAGCGACGGGAGCUAAAGCUUCCCCUCUACAAAAGCACCCCUUUCGAGGAGCAUACUCGACAAGAUCAACAAGAGCUUUGGCUUUAGCCAAAGAAGUAGAAGAACUCAUCAGCAAAGAAGCCAUAGAGGAGAUGAAAGGCAAACUGAUUAAGAAGAAAGGUAAGAAGGAAGCAAUCGAAGAAGAAGUGAAAGUGGAGAUCGCUCCUGAAGAGGAAAAUAUUGAUGACUCUGAAGCCAAAAAAGGACCUGUAGAAAAGUCAGUGGUGGAACUGAUGGCCGAGAGACAACUGAAACUUGAAAGGAAAAAAGUGGCCAUAGGUUGUCUUGCUGUGAACUUCUUGGAGAUACCACAAGACAGGUUGCACUGUUUGUCCAAUCUGAUACAUAUUCUAGAAGAAAAGGAUCCAAGUAUUUGUUAUACAGUCAGAAAGUAUGCUGCCAUGAGUCUGCUUGAAGUCUUUCAUAAAACACUUCCAUCAUACCACUAUGAACCUCACGAUCUCACGCAGAAAUUGAAAAAGGAAACAAAGGAGCAGUACCUGUAUGAAAAUUUCAUAUUAAAGUCUUACCAGACUUAUCUGAAGGAACUGGAAAGGUUUCUGAAAGAGUACACUGAUAAUAGAAAUAAGACUCCUCCAGCAAAGCAACUGGCUCUGGUGUCAUUGAAAUGCUUGGGAGAAUUGCUUAUGAAGCACAGUUCUUUUGCCUACACAAAUAACAUCAUUGCAGCACUUGUACCUUAUAUGAAUAACAGAGAUGAUGAGAUAAGCAGUAUGAUUGUGAAUUAUUUUCAUACACUCUUCAAGGGUGACAUCAAGGGAGAUGUCUCUUUAGAGGUUGUGAAACGUAUUGAUCACUUUAUACGUAAAAGGUCUUUUCAUGUUCGUGAGGAACUUUUAAGUGUUCUUUUAUCCUUAAGAAUAAAGAAUGUGAAAAGCUUAGAUGACGAACUUGAAGCAAAGAACAUAGCUAAGAAAAAGUUGACCCACACCGAAAAACUUAUGCGCAAACUUAUGGAGGAGAAGAAGCCAAAGAAAUCAAAUAAAGAAGCAAAGAGAUUCAGAAAAUUUAGAAAACUUGAAGAACAGCGGAAGGAACAGAAAAUAAAGCGUGAUGAAGAAGUACGCUCUGCCCAGCAUACUCAAAUUAUAGAAAUAGUUUUUGGUCUCUAUUUCCACAUACUGAAAAGGAGACCAAAUAACAGGUUAAAUGGUAUUGUUUUAGAAGGAUUAGCAAAGUUCUCACAUUUGGUAAACGUGGAAUUCUUCUCUGAUUUGUUGAAUGUUCUUGGAGGGCUGAUGGAAGAGGGGACUUUGAAAUUCAGAGAAUCCCUUCAUUGUAUCCAGACAGUGUUUACCAUUCUCUCUGAUCAAGGAGAGGUGCUGACUUUAGAUCCUGGACGCUUUUAUUCAUACUUGUAUGCCAACAUGGUUAAACUCACUGCUGGAGAUAAUCAAGAUGAUAUAAAGUCUGUCCUGCAGUCACUUAUGCAAAUGUUGGUAAUUCGAGGGCGACGAGUAACUGCAGCACGAGUGAUUGCUUUCAUCAAACGCUUGAUAACACUGAGUCUUAACUUGUUGCACAAUGGUGCUGUGGCCACACUAGCUACUGCUCGAUAUAUAUUUUUGGCACAUCCAAGCUGUGAAGUGUUGAUUGAAGUUGAUGAGGAGGGAUCAAGUGGUGUAUAUUUACCUGAAGUUGAGGAGCCAGAGCACUGUAAUGCAUCAUCAGCCUCUCUAUGGGAACUGCAUCUGCUUACCCGUCAUUACCACAGUACUGUUAAACAGUUUGCUAAUCAUAUUAUUGUGGGAUCACCUUUGCAAGGGGAUGGAAAGCUUCCACCAAAUCUUGGCAAACGACGUGUAGAAGACCUGUACGAUGACUUUGAUCCAGCAACCAUGCGUUUUAACCCUACGGUUCCAAGUCCACAGCAGUUUCUUUCCAAGAAGAUAUCAGAAACAAGAAGUAAUUUAAAGAAACAGAAGUUCAACCAUUUCACUACAGAGUUCAUGAGUCAUGAAGUACAAAGCAUCUUUAAAAAGAAUGAAGAUCCCUUUGAUGUGUUCUUUGACCCAGAACCAGAAAACAAACACCAUAAUGGUUUAAAGAAAAAUAUGACUGAUACCAAUUAUUUUGGCGGUCUUUUAAAAAAUAUGACUUUGAGUAAAAUUAAGGCUGAUUUACCUGACUGUGAAGAUCUCACUGAUAGCCUUGUCAAUGUAGAUACUAAAACAUAAGUAUUGUAAAUAUGAAGUAUUUAUACUAACAACAAACAGUUUUUGAAUGCUAUAUGAAUUUCCUUUUUUAUGUAAUAAAUGUUUAUUAUAUAUA